GUCAUCGCUUCGCUCAAAUAACAACAACAAUGGGAACAAAAUUAUACAACUAGUGCUCAGAAAAUGCUUUAUUUUGCGAAACCCUUGCAUGAUUCCGUGAGAAUGACGCUUGGAGAUGACUUGUGAUUUCUUUAAGUAUACGAAAGAGGAUUAAAAUGGAAAAUUUGGUGCGUGGUUUGAAGUACAGAGGCAGAAAUCUGACACGCACUUUAGACCAGACAAUGCCUGAUGUGAAAUUGCUCUAUUUAUAAAGUGCUUUCAGCUCAGCAAAUUUGCAGAAAAGAGCGAUAUGUCGUCCUUAACAAAGAUGAAGAAAGAAAGUAAGUGAGUUUAUUGAUUACUGACACAUAUUAUACACAAGAAGCUUAAUUUAAACAAACGAAUUUUACUUUUGUAUUUAUAAUUUUGUGAUAUUUUAAUUUAAAAAGUGACACUACUGAAGUACAUUUCAAGUUCAAUGGUUUUAUUAACGUGUUUUAUUAAUAAACCUUAUAAAAUAGUAUAUAUGGAUUUUAUUUAUUAACUAGUACAUUUUGAUGUGUUUUAUUUAAAAUAUAGCUUGUUUAAUGAUUAGGAAUAUGUCUUAUCAAUUGUCAAAACAUUUGCGUUUCCCAUUUUCAAAACUUGACAAUCAGGACGAUAUUUAAUACAUUGACAUUAAAUACUUCUAGUAAUGUAAUAUUUUUAAGCUUUACAUGUUAUAAAUUUGAUAUAAAAGAACAAAAAUUGUACAUAUAGUUGUUUUUUAAAAAAGGGUUUAUAUUUCGAGCAUGUACAAGUGUUGCUUAUCAGGAAUUAUAAACUAAUGGCCUCUUAUCUCUGUACCUAUUGAAUUAUUGAAGAGAUAUAUAAUGCUCUUGUCUUUGAGAGAUAUAUUUAGAUAUGCUGUUGGCUUGCAAUAUUUUAGCAUAUAUAAUAUCAGACCAUGUAGAUUUUUAAUUGUUGUAUAGACGUCUUCUACACUUGGCAAAAAUUGGCUCGUAAUGAAAAAAAAUUGAUGUUUAUUAUUUCCUCAACCAAAUACUGAGUUCAAGUUGUCCUAUAGAUGUCAAUGAUGCAUGACUUCAUUUUGAGGUCAAGUGCAUUACAGGUUUCUAGAAAGUGCAUCACCUUGGCUACGAAGCCUUCCCUUCGUGCCUGAGACAUGAGGCUUUAACUGAUAUCACAUAACAAAAAAACAUUAAGGCUCUGUAGCCAAAGUGACGUAUUUUCUGGAAGGGUGUAUUCGUCUAUAUUAGUGUAUUAAAAAUAUAUAAUUUCUUUAUAUAUUGAAGUUUUAGAAUUCCACAAAAUUUUUCUUGUGUGAUCAGCAUUUUACAUUCUACUCAAUUCAAUUCAACGUUAUUUGAUGAGGGGUAAUGAUAACUAGUAUUUCAACUGAUUAACAAGUGGCUUCCUCCAAUAGAAGCCACAACGGACGGUUUGAUAAAAGGUCUUUUAAAUUUCAUAAUGGAAAUUUGACCACAAGCCAUCAAUAUUUCAGUUUAUGUUUACGCUGUAUGAAAAAAAGAAAUUGUGUGGCUUGAUUGCUGGAAUGAUUGUGUGGUUUUUAAUAAACUUCACUACAGUUUGGUUUAUUUGGGGUUUGCAGAAGUAAAUUAUUGAAAGAUAAUAAAAAUAACUGCCUCGUCAGGUUGAGCUAUAUCCUUCGCAAUUACUUUACUUACCCCCCCCCCCCUGAUGAUGAGCUUGGAUUUUAUCCUUUGUAAUAUUACCCCAAGCUUUCAGAUGGGCCUAAAUGUACAACGCACCUGCCCCCUUACAACAAUUAAAAUUUGCAGAAAUAAGUUUCUCAAAAAGUUCAGCUGCAUACUUUUUGUUUUACUCUAGUAAGAAUUUCCCCUCAAAAAUGUAGAAAAUUGCAUUAGCUAUAACAUGACUAUUAAACAAUUGCUAUCCCAGCCUCACCUCUGCUCAAAAUGCUUCAAAACCUGAGAGUAUUCACAGACUACUCCUAUUAACACAAUCAUUUACUGGCAGUACUCUACCACUAACAAGUAAAAUUGUCUGGCGUUAGACAGAGUAAAUACUAAAGUAGGGUGCAUUGCCAGUCAAUAGGUUAAUCAGUCUCAAUUAUCAACUUUUUUGUCAGACCACUCUUGGAUUGGGGGGAGAAAGUGCCCCUUCCAAACUAGGGGGUAGGAAAAGUCACCCCACUGGUAGCUAUAUACACCUCUGGAUGUAUGAUUUCAGAUCUUGAUAUCCCACAAGUGAAGGUGAAUGACAAACACGGCAGUUUUUCAUCCCUGGCCUCGUCAGACAGGAGUUGUUCACCCUCUGCAUCACCACGCCACGGCAGGAAGAUAUUAGGUGAGUCAAAUAUGAUGUUAUGUGAGUCAACAGGGCCAUAGACAUGAGGGGGGGGGGGUUCAGCCCCCCCCGCCCAAUAAUUUUUAAACUAGCGAUAAUCUGUAAAGUUUGAGAGGGAUAUAAUGAGCUAAUUAUCGCCACAGAAUAAGGUACACAGAAAGCCGACUUCUUGGUUUUUCCUAUGAUUUUCCUAUGAUUUUGGCGUAACCCAUAAUUCGUCAUCAAAUGCCGACGCCAUGGUCCUAGCCAGUGCGUGUUUGAGAGGCAUUUACCCCCCUGAUAAUAUUCAAAAUGGCGGACGUCCAGGGGGGAAUGCCUCUCGAACGUGCACUGGCUAGGACCAUGGCGUCAGCAUUUUGAUGAUGAAUCAUGGCAUGGCAGCGGUUACUCGAGUCGACCUUCUGUGUGCCUUAUUCUGUAUUAUCGCCCCUGACUAAUCGGCCCCCCCAAUACAAAAUUGCUUCCUAUGGAAUAGUGGUCAAUUAUGAUGUUAGGUGUGUCUACUUCAGAGUGGGUCACCCCAUGUGCCUUUACUAUCUCUGUGACCAGAUUAUAUUAAUCUCAGCAAAUAUUUAGGUUUCAAGAAAAUGAUACCUUGGAAACGAAAAGAUCACGAGACUGAUCAAGUAAGUCAUUUGCUGGCGGCUUCCAGCAUAGUCAAUAGAAUAAGAAGUUUAGGGAAUUAUAUGCAGACAUCAAAUAGACCUCAUCUAUUUUUUGUCUUAUGCAAGAAAUGGUUGGUAAUUCAUCGUCAUGUAUUGUAUUUUCGCUAGAGCAACCAGCUAUGUAUUUUCCAGGUAGCUGUAUUCCUCUCAAUCCAGUCAGCUUUCUAAAUUACAUAUCUUUCAAUUCUAUUUGCCUUCAAAUACAAGAGAACUGUUAUAUGCUCCUGCCAUCGUUCCUAAACUGCAUUAUGUAUAUAUUUACUGUAAAUAGAUCUUCUUUUUUCUUUCUUUUUCUUUUUGUUAUCUAGUCAUACUUUUAUAAAGGGGUUGUGCCUUGCAUGGGUCUCGUUUUCCCGUUUGCACUAACCCCAUUGGACGUUCACCUUGUAAUCUAGAAUUUCUAUGUCCAAUAAAGCUUAUAAAAUAAAAUAAAAAUUAAUAAAAUAUUUAUGUAACAUAUUAUUUCUCUCUCUGAUAACUGCAGGUUCACCUCCAAUUUCAUGGCCAGAUUUUGAGGGGGGGGGGGGCGAGAUCGUUUUGCACCUCCCCUGAGAAUUUUUGCACCUCCCCUGAAAAGUCAUGCACCUUCCCUUGGGAAAGUUUCAAUGAUAGGUCAGAGUGAAAUUUUGACAUUUUUUGGUUACUUAGGGUCUACACUUCGAAAGAAAGUUUUUCUGUAAAAUUGAAACAGUGAUGGCCAUUCAUCUCUGUGUUAAGUACUCUUUUAAUGCAAUGUUUUGAAAGAAACUUUGUAGUAGUUGUUAUGAAGGGUAAAAUUAGAUUAGUUGUGCAGUCAUAGUUCAUUAAUACACUGAUACAUAUGUACAUUACAUGCAUACGUCUCAUCGUUGACUUUGGUCCGUUCUAAGCCCUGACUUUCCAUGGGGGUCGUGAGCUCCUCCCCCACUAUUUCCACCAAAAUUCGGCUUUGAUCUCCGUCUGAUGUACGAUAGUUUUAGUGAAACCCAAAUAUAAUUUAGAUUCACGAAUCUCUGCACAAGCCACAAGACAUAGAAAAAGUUUAAAAAUAUUUGAGGGAAGACCAAUGAUCACGAGAUUAUUAGCGUAGGAUGGGAAAAAGUGUGCUUCUAUUUUAUAUACUGAUUCUCUAGAUCAUUCAUUCAAAUAUUCAUUUAACAUUUUAUUCAUGCAAAAGUCGUUAAUCCUUACUUAGCUGACAAGCGUUGAGUCGACUACAAUCUAACAAUAAACAUUCUGUGUAACUUGUGUACACAACUGUCAACAUCAUUUCAAUAUUGGACUGUUUGUAAUUUAAAUGAAUACAACGAUUAAUAUUUAAUUAUUGUCUCGACUUGCUUGGAAGAUGUUUAAAAUGAACAGAUUUUACCUCUGAGACCGAGUAUGAUGCUUAGCAUCGAGGUAUUUUGAAAUAUAUCGUCAGUGUAAGGUAUAUUUAACAGUAUAUAUUGUAUUGUUUGUUGUAGAAGUAGCGAUCUUUAAACAAAUUGAAAUAGAUCAAGUUCCAGCGAUGUAGUAUACUAAACUAUUUUUGUGUCGGUCGUAAUUACGACCCAGAAAAGAUAAGAAUAAUAACAGCCUUAUUCCGGCGUUUCGGGAAAAGGCCCUAUCUUAACUUCCAAACAGGAUUUUAGGCGAAAACGGAGUCAGUUCCUUAUACUGUCUUCCUAAUUCUAUGCUCGACGACUACGUAUCCUCUUAUUGUUUAUGUUAGAAAUUAUCUUUUCCGGCAACGGUAUGUAUAUCCAGUCUUUUUGUGAUGUGUGCGUUGGCUUAGCGUAUUGUCGCAUAGUCAUUGUGUUCAAACAUUUCAAAUGAUCAUUUCUGAAACGAAAUUUUGGAAUCGUUUGAGAAGUGGUUUUGUACUCAGCAAACUUGAAAGGUUUGCUAAUUCUACAUUACAGCUGCAAACCUAAAAUUUGGCAAUGAAAAGGCUGUAAUAAACCUUAAUUUCAAUGUUUUGACAUAUAUUUAGUAUGUUUCGUACGUUGUUUGAAGAAUUGAAGUGUAAACAACUAUAUGAGCGCUGUUUUAGCGUCUAACGCCUGGUUGACAAUAUCAAAGUUUCUGUGAUCACAGUAGGAAUUUUGCAUAUUAGGUAAAUUCUAAGUUUUGAAGGAUUUGUGAGAAGGGAGGGAAUUGAAUGUUUAACAGCGAGUCAUGGUCAGUUCUCUGAAACAUUUCUUAGAAGUUUUUCAAAACUUAUCUAUGUAGAAUUCCUCCUAUGACCACAGAAACUGUGAUAAUAUAAACCAGGCUUUUUAUGUGUUAAAUGAAUGUCAUAACAAGAACUCAUCAUAAAAUGUUAAUGUCUCCUUAAAGAUUUUCCUGUGUGCUCACCGUGCAAUGGAUGAGAGAGGUCAUCAUGAGAUGAAAAGUAAAAUGAAAUAUCAUUUUAGGAAGGAGACGAGAUGAAAGAAGAGGAGAAUGGGAGAAAACAGAAAAUAUCUAUGGAGAGUCUAGCACAGAAACCUGUUUAGUAUGUGUGUCUAAAAAUCUUUAGUAAAGACUGAUUUGCAUACAGCAGAAAGAUGAUAAGACAAGGCAUUUCACCUGUCUGACAAUGACGACAGUUAAGACAACUUUAUUGCUCAAAACUUUCGUUUUGUUUUAGUGCCGGUCGUAAAAACCGAAGUCGUUCUGUGGACCACUUGCUCUCAAACAAAAGUCAUUCAACCAACUUCGAGAUCUCGCCCCAGUCUAUUCAUAGUAUGGCCGUGCAUGGUGAUAUUGAGGCGAGAUUUCACAGUCCUGCGCGAUCGUCUGUCACUGAUGAGGACAGUGGCGAUGGUGAAUCGGUAAGGAGAAAAUGAAACUCAAACAGUAAUGUAAAUUUUGGAUGAAAUUUCUCCUGGUACUCCGGUUCCCUCCUGUAGUAACACUGGAUCAAUAAGAGAUGAUCCUUACUGGACCUCUAGGAAGAACAGUUUAGAACUGAUAGAGCUAUCCAGUAUAAAUAAAGUUAGUUUAGUUUAGGUUUCCUCCUGUAGUAACACUGGAUCAAUAAGAGAUGAUCCUUACUGGAACUCUAGGAAGAACAGUUUAGAACUGAUAGAGCUAUCCAGUAUAAAUAAAGCUAGUUUAGUUUAGGUUUCCUCCUGUAGUAACACUGGAUGAAUAAGAGAUGAUCCUUACUGGAACUCUAGGAAGAACAGUUUAGAACUGAUAGAGCUAUCCAGUAUAAAUAAAGCUAGUUUAGUUUAGGUUUCCUCCUGUAGUAACACUGGAUCAAUAAGAGAUGAUCCUUACUGGAACUCUAGGAAGAACAGUUUAGAACUGAUAGAGCUAUCCAGUAUAAAUAAAGUUAGUUUAGUUUAGGUUUCCUCUUGCAGUAACACUGGAUCAAUAAGAGAUGAUCCUUACUGGACCUCUAGGAAGAACAAUUUAGAACUGAUAGAGCUAUCUAGUAUAAAUAAAGUUAGUUUAGUUUAGGUUUCCUCCUAUAGUAAUACUUGAUCAAUAAGAGUAGAGCUAUCUAGUAUAAAUAGAGUAAGUUCUAUAUAAAGUAAACAUUUUAGUUAUUUCUUUUUAUUCAGGGAAUUGAUAAUUAUGAUGUGACUGAUGUGAUGGACAAUACUGAGGUGGGUUAACAUUGUACCAUGAUAGUGAACGUAAGAUUUGUUAAAGGAAGGAUGGCGGAGUUGACAAUUUUUUCUUUUAGCGAUUGAAUGAAGAGCGACAGAAGCUAAGACGUAAAAUUGAGAAAACGAAGGAGAGAAUACGCAAUUUACAGUGCAGUAGGGACGGUCCGUUGUCAUGUUUUAGAAACUGAAAUUUGUUCACCCAAUGAAGAAUCAAGAGACCCAGCCUGUUUUAUCCAUUUUGCAGUUAAACAGUAGUUACAUCCUGACCCCUGAUCGUCUCCAUUUUAUGUUUUAGAGAAUCUGGGGGAAUAUUUGGAGUCUGUGAAAGAGAAUCCUGACCCGGAGCUGAGCAAGAAAGCUUUUGAAAAACGAAACUUCAAGUCAAACGCUGUUAUUGCUCAGCUUCAGAAGAAGUUGGAUAAAUAUCAGAAGUCAUUAAAAGUACGUGAUGUUGCAGACAGUUUAAAAGGAUAUUUAUUUAUCAAUUUGUGGGUUACAAUACAGUAAGCGAACGACACAUGGAGGUCAAGCUCAGAAAUGUUGACGCUUUGCUGGGACGAAGAAAUCAAACUUCAUCUCUCUAUCUAUUUAUAAAAUAACAUGUAUAUAACGCGUGCUCUGAUUGGUCGAAACCCGUGUUUGGAUCAGGCCAUCCAAACACGGAAACCAUAAAGUAAUUGUAUAUUAUUUGCCACCAAAUACAAGACUAUACUACAUAUAACGAGAUAACUGCCAUCCUACAUCUACCGCGUGCUUAUUGGAACCUACAUUAUAGAUUUAAACCGAACUUAAUUUUUAGGACUUGGACACCCACGAGCAAAGAGCAAAAACUCACACUGCUAAGGAAGUUUUCAGG